AUAUGCACAGAUCAAACAGUAUUUCAUUGUUCUCCAGACGUUGCACAUCUGCAAAGACAGCAUCGCUUUAGUUAACUGUUCUCAACUCACUAUGCUUUUCAAGGAUCACAAGCUUCUUGUCAUUACCGUCAAUAUCUUGGUGAUCGGAUUCAUAAUAUACACAAUGAUCGCUAUCAGUUAAAUGUAAUCGAAAAACAAAUAUCGUAUAAAUAAAUUACUGUUAUUGUUCAUUACAAAAACAUAGUGGAUUGCAGUAUUUAUUUUACAACAAUGGGGACUGGGCUUGGAAACUACACAGCAAAAUAGUGAACUAUUGCCAAAUAAAAGGCUAUAAUGUAGGCUUCUUACUCUUAUUGUACGCGGUAAGGAAAAACGAAGGAGUCGCUAGAAUGGAACUAUUUUGCAAGAGUUUGGAUCUGCGUAUUUCUUAAAUCGAAAAUUUUGCAUUUUUGCCAAUUAUGCUAAUCUUCCAACUUGUCUGAAAUAGUAGUUUUUGUGCAAAUUUAUGUUUGGCUUAAUAAAUACCAAGUAAUCAAGUUAUGAGCCGCCCUAUCAAAAUAUGUAAGCAUAUGCAGCACAGUGCAUACAUACGAGUAUACAUAUACGAACAGAUACUUGCCGAAUGCACCUUCAUAAUACGUAGUUUACAAUCUUGCGAUAAUGCAUUCGUGCAUUUCCACAGAAGAUGUUUCUGAUCUGAAGCUAAAGUGCACGAAUUAGCGAUUGCAGGGGAAUUUUUGUUUUGGAGAUAAGCAUUUAACUUGAAACUAUGAACUUUCUUUCUAAUAUGUCGUAUUGCAUUCAAUAAUCUAACAUCGACGAGAAUGAAUCCCAAUGUAGUGUUAAUUUGUCGGGACUGCAAUACAUUUUCGCUUUCCGCUGAUAAAUCCCACCAGAAAUUCCUCCAGCCCGUCAAGUAUUGCACCAAUUUGGAGAAUCCACCAGAGCCCUUCUGUGAAAAUGUUAUUUGGCUCUGUCAAAAUUGCUAUCAUUCAGCCGUUAAAAGUGUUAAUCGUGAUAAUAAUGAUUGCAAGUCAAAAUCAGAAUCACGGAAUCAAAUUGAAACAAGAUAUACCAAUUUGAUUGACUUAGAGAAGCGUAUAGAGGCACUAGAGAGGCAUCUCAAAGCAUGUCCGGAUUUGGUACAAAGAGCCACUAACGCAGAAGCCAACGGUUCUGCCACGCAACAGAAAGCAGUGCAUGCAUCCAUCCUUAAUCGGCGAGUGCUCAUACCUAUUGCAGCUAUAGCAUUGUCAAUAUUAAUCGGACUGCUGUUGUUCACUGCAAGGAGUGGAAACAAAGAGUCAUUGCAAGGGAUUCCAGAUAAUGCAACCCUGGAAUCUCGACCAAACUCGCUUUUGUUAAUUAGUAGAGAUGAAUGGUCUGCGCAGACUGAGCCAGAAGGAAUGCAGAAACUGCAACUCCCAAUAGAACGGAUCAUCAUUGCACAUAUUUCUACAGCACAAUGCGAAAAUAGGGUCCAGUGUGAUGCAAGAGUACGAGAUGUGCAAGCCUUUCAUAUACACUCAAAUGGUUGGGGCGAUAUCGGUUAUAAUUUUCUAGUUGGAGGCGAUGGUUUAGUAUACGAAGGUCGAGGCUGGUACAACCAAGGCGCCCAUACUGCAGGCUAUAAUGGAAAUAGCAUCUGCAUUGGAUUCAUCGGUACAUUUAAUGUGGAAGUGCUCACAGAAAACGACUUGAAAGCAGCUCAAUUACUCAUCGAUGAAGGAGUGAGGUUGGGAGUGCUCACUGGAAACUACCGACUUUAUGGAGCCCGACAGUUAAGCGCCACUGAAAGUCCCGGAAAAGCACUGUAUAGUAUAAUAAUGAAGUGGCCACACUGGAGCAGAAGCAUCUGAAUAAUCAUAUUAUAUUUAAGACUUCUCUUAACAUUAGAGAUCUAAUAAAUAAAUAUUAAGUAAAAAAUAGCCAUAUUUGAUACACUUGUA